CGAAGAGAUCACGUCGAAAGUAUUUUCUAAUUGUGUUAUUUUACAUCAAAUAACUUCAUAAUGAAUUUUAUUUCCAAGUUGUUAUUUGUCUUGGUAUCGUUGUUUCUUAUCACAUCAAUCGAAUCAUUUCCUGGGCGAUUUGGUUAUGGAUAUGGAGGAUAUGGGGGGUAUGGGGGGUAUGGCGGAUAUGGAGGAGGAUUUGGCGUAAUAGCUCCUGUAAGACCAGUUGUAGUUGGUGUCGUUCCCGGAUUUGGAUACGGUGGUUAUGGAUAUGGCCAUCAUCAUCAUCAUCACCAUUUUUAAAAAAAAGUACCUCUUUUUAACUAC